AUGCGUACUUGUGUGCUGCUGUGCGUUUUGGGGUGGGCUGCCGUGUACGGCAAACCCAAUAGCGACUGUACAACAGAGCUAGGCAAACUCAGGACCGAGUUGGAAUCCAUGAAGGAGAUACUCAGCAACCUUCAGAGUGAGAUCGUGGAGGUCGAGCACACAGCUCCACACAGCAGAGGAAAACGAGCUGGUUCCUACUUCUUAAGAGGACCUGUUGGACCUAUGGGCGCCCCAGGUCCAAAGGGAGAACCAGGCGCCCCAGGUGCCCCCGGACCUCAGGGUAAACAGGGAUAUCCAGGAUUUAAGGGAGAUACUGGUCCUCCCGGAGUUCCUGGAGAAGAAGGCGCACCAGGAAUGCAAGGACCUCAGGGUGACCAAGGUGCUCCAGGAGAAACCGGAGCCCCAGGUGUUCCAGGAGCCCCAGGACCACAGGGACCUCAAGGUCUUAAAGGAUAUGAAGGACCAGUAGGGGAGCCUGGCGCUCCCGGAGAGCAGGGUCUUCCAGGAGAUAAGGGAGAGCCAGGGUUACCGGGACCAAUGGGACCUAUGGGACCACAAGGAGAAAAAGGAGACGUUGGAUAUCCAGGAAUGCCAGGUGAGCCCGGACCACAAGGUCCUGCAGGUGAGCCCGGACCACAAGGACCAGAUGGACCAAUGGGACCACGUGGACCUCAAGGAUACCAAGGCUCUCAAGGUGCACCAGGAGUUCCAGGAGAGAAGGGAGAACGCGGACCCCAGGGAGCCACAGGGCGACCAGGCUUGCCCGGGCCUGCACAAUUUGCUGCGGCAGCUGCAGUAAAGGACACGUCUUAUUAUGCACAAGCCGCAUCUAGGGCAUACGCACAAGCACAAGCACAGGCCCGAAGAAAUUACAAGGGAAAAUCCCAAAAUAAUUUUAUUGCUAUUUACCGAUUAUUUAUGUUCUCUAGGCUCUGUAGCUUCCUUCACAUCUUUGUUGUCCUCGGCACCAUGAAAACUUACAUUACCUUCCUGGUCCUCGGUACUGUUUCCGUAUUAGCUGAUAUUCAGUAUGAAAUUAAAAAACUUUCGGACGAUAUGGAAUUAGUUAAAUCUGAAAUUUUAGCGCUGCAGGAAAAAAUACGUUUAAUGGUGAUCCAAGAGGAAGACUUACAUGAAAUUGCCCCUGAUCAUGACCGCCAUAAGAGAUAUGUAGUCGUUCAGUUUGCCCCAAGAGGCCCUCAUGGACAGCCAGGUGAAAGAGGUGGCCGAGGAGACGAUGGCGAACCUGGCUUGCCUGGCCCGGCUGGUAAAGAUGGUGACAAAGGGCCCAUGGGAGAGCGAGGAUUCCCUGGACCUAGGGGAUAUCAUGGAUCAAAAGGACCAAGAGGACCAAAAGGCGAAAGUGGCGCUAAAGGAAAGCAGGGAGCACAGGGAUCUCAGGGUAUUCACGGACCGAUGGGAAGCAAAGGGGACAGGGGAAAUCAAGGACCACCCGGGCCACCAGGCAUCCCUGGGUUUCCCGGAUUUCCCGGAUUAACGGGAUACGUUGGAAUGCCAGGUGUAAUUGGAGAACCUGGGCCCAUAGGAGAUCAAGGUGACACUGGAGAGACCGGAAUCCCGGGACGUAUGGGAGAGAAGGGAAAGCCUGGCGACACUGGUCCCCCUGGUAACGAAGGAUGGUCUGGAUCUCGAGGAGACUACGGAAUAAUGGGAGAACAAGGGAAUCCUGGGUACCCUGGAAUGCCGGGUGACGCUGGACCACAAGGCCCUCGAGGUCCCCAAGGCGUAACUCAUGCAGAGUACCUCAGAGCAUUUGCUGAAGCACAAGCCAGAUUGCGCAGUCGUGGUUAAUGAAAAAGAUCAACA